AUGUCCUUAGGCGAUUCUCCACAUGGAAGUGAUGGAAAUCGCUGGAAAAGAUCCACUAAGAGCUCCAAUAUCUCUUGCUCUAGAAAUAGAGAUGCAGAUGAACCUGUUUUGAGGUCAAAACCUCUUGAAGAGGGAGGGAAUGAUGAGGACAUUGACCCAACUAAGGUCAUAGAGAACAUACUGGUGGUCAAGGACUCACCCAUGACGCGUUCCAAGACCAGGAGACUUCGAGAACGAUUCAAUGAAGCUGUUGAGACCCUCCUCAACACCAUGUUCCUUGGAGAUUUUCUCAAUACCCCGCCGCCUGACAACAGCUGCUUGAGGAACGACGUUAACCCCUUGAGCAACACCAUUGCCCUGGAACUAGCCUUAAUGGAGGACUUUGCAAGCAUGAGCCUAGAGGAGGAUCACACUCAUUCAAGGCACUGUAAGUCUAUUUACUUGGCAGGUAAUGGAGUUCAGAACAAGUCGGAGCUUGAGGACAUGAUCAAGACCCAAAAUGUAGCAGACAAGGAGCUUAAGGAACAUGAAGACGUUUUGGGAGCUACUGAAGAAGAAACACUUGAAGAUCUUCACCAAGUCAACUCUCAAGGCACUGAAGAGGAAGACUUCAUCAUUGGACCAGCAAGGAGUGGACCCGGACCAGACAAGCUCUACUCAACACCACCUCAGCUCAACUCGCGCCAAAAGCAGAGAUCCUUCCAUCAUCUAUGUGGUGCCAUCGAUCCACCUUCGACAUCCCCUUUUCGUUCAUACAAGAGAGAGCGUGAUAGCCAGCUUGUUGAGCACCGCAAGCAUUGUCUUAUCAAGUCUUGUGGAAUCAAGCAUUGUCUUACCAUCCUCAUCCACAGAUCUAAAGGAGACAGUGUUAAAGCCAGCCUUCAGAUCCCAUCAGUCCAUCACGUUCCAUCAGAUCUAAGCCUCACCACCGAGUCUUACAUCAGAGAGUAUGGUGAGGACAUCAAGUCAUCAUCAGCUGAGGAGCACAGAAUCCAGAGCCCAGAGGAGGAGAGCAUGAACCUGAGGAGAGCUAAGGAGACAAGCAAGCUAUGUCUAGCUCAACUAGAGGCCGACAUCAAACAUCCAAGCUGA